UCCGUUCCCUCAGGUCAGAAGAUAAACUUCAACCCUUCAACUCAACCCGACGACGACCGAGACGAAGACUCUAUCCACGUGUUAGCCACAUCGCCAACACUCUCUGCGAACAUAUUACAAAUCGCUCGUCUGUGUGAAGAGCUGCUUUGCUUGUUACUUGAUCCGCCAUUUCCUUUUGGCCCCAGACGACGACUGACGAACCACCGUGUUCCGUCCCCCGACUCCAAAUUCCCUGAUCGCGCCCGCUUUGGCUGCCCCAACAGACCAGACGACGAUAACAUAAAUAAAUAAAUAAAAAGGCGAAGAGAACAUCGUUUCUCAUAUCUCAAAGAAAAUCAUCAAAAUCGACGAUACAGAGGCCCUUUGCUGCACUCUGCUUAUAUAUCCUACAAAGGCGACGAAGCGUCACAUAUUUGUCGACGCAAUAUUUACUCUUGCUUGACCAGAAGACGAGGAUAACAAAAACUCGCUCGCGCUGACGGUGUUUUGUCUCCCCCUUCUGGCUUCUAGCAUCUUGCUCGCCCCUCAUUUUCUGACGCCCUGUACCUACCUGUCUCUUUCUGGUACAGCUAUCAACAACCAAAGUCGGUGGCCCACUGCGGCAACCACGACGACGACUGUUUUCUCCCCAUAUCCAACGUGAUCUGAUUGCUUCUUUUUUGCAAUUCAAUAUCGAACGACGACUCAAUUUGCUAUUGCUGAUCAACUUGCUCUUCUGCGCUUUCGAUCUUUCGAAACGCAAAAUCCUCCAAUCGCUCGCUCCAUUAGAGACGUGAUCCCUUCACGGGUAAGUUACCAUUUGGCGUUGGUACUGGUGUGCGCCCCAUUCAAUUCAUUGCUCGCUCGCUCGCCCGCGCCGCGCCGUCUCGUCUCCCCUCUUGUUCCCCUCCCGUACCCAUUUCGCGCUCACAGCCCUCUCUCUUCAUGCUUCUUCGGCUGCUUCCCCUCCAAUUUUUCUAGACUCCUCUCGUUUCGUUGUUCCACCAUCGCAACGCAACUCACCCGCAAAGCAACGCAACCUAACCCAAACUUGUCUUUUGCCUCAUAUUUGUCCAUCCAUUCGUCGUCAAAUUUUCACCCUCUUGUCGGUCGCGGCGUUUGCGAGUUUGGACACAUUUUUCUUCGACUUGUCUUUUUUCCACGUCUCUCUUUUUUUUUUUUAUUGCCUUGUAUCUUCUUGCUUCCCGGUUUCACCGGCUGACUCGGCCAGGUUUUGCGAAGUGUAUCGAUCUGGUAUCAUAUUUCGGUCGACAAAGUUACCCCCGCAGUUGUUCUGAUUAGCGAUCUUGUCUGCCGCCUUCCUCCUCCCCCACGCGACCCUCCCUUAACUCUACUGCGGGCACCCUCUCGCCAGCAAAUUCUCUCAAAAUGGCAGACCAACACGAGGUCGAUCUCGACUCUAUAAUCGACAGGCUACUCGAGGUGCGAGGCAGCCGACCUGGCAAGCAAGUUCAGCUACUUGAGGCCGAGAUCCGUUAUCUCUGCACCAAGGCUCGUGAGAUCUUCAUCUCUCAGCCCAUCCUCCUCGAACUCGAGGCUCCAAUCAAGAUCUGCGGUGAUAUCCAUGGACAGUACUACGAUCUCCUCCGACUCUUCGAGUACGGUGGCUUCCCUCCUGAGGCCAACUACCUCUUCCUCGGUGACUACGUCGACCGAGGUAAGCAGUCUCUUGAGACCAUUUGCUUGCUCCUUGCCUACAAGAUCAAGUACCCCGAAAACUUCUUCAUCCUCCGAGGUAACCACGAGUGCGCCUCUAUCAACCGAAUCUAUGGCUUCUACGACGAGUGCAAGCGUCGCUACAAUAUCAAGCUGUGGAAGACAUUCACCGAUUGCUUCAACUGCCUUCCUAUCGCCGCUAUCAUCGACGAGAAGAUUUUCACCAUGCACGGUGGCCUCAGCCCUGACCUCAACUCUAUGGAGCAAAUUCGCCGUGUCAUGCGACCUACUGAUAUCCCUGACUGCGGUCUUCUUUGCGAUCUCUUGUGGUCUGAUCCAGAUAAGGAUAUUACUGGCUGGAGCGAAAACGACCGUGGUGUCUCAUUCACAUUCGGUCCGGAUGUUGUCUCGCGCUUCCUUCAGAAACAUGAUAUGGACCUAAUCUGCCGAGCUCACCAGGUUGUUGAGGACGGCUAUGAAUUCUUCUCCAAGCGCCAGCUGGUCACGCUAUUCAGUGCGCCCAACUACUGUGGUGAAUUUGACAAUGCUGGUGCAAUGAUGAGUGUCGACGAGAGCUUGCUGUGUUCUUUUCAGAUCUUGAAACCCGCUGAAAAGAAGCAAAAGUAUGUUCCAACCACUCUUGGCAGCACUAGCACGCCAAUCAACUCCCCUCGCAAGAAGAAGAUGUGAAGAAUUUAUACCAACAAUGUGCUUUCAACAGGUUCGGCCGACGUUAAACGAUCAUCCCACCUCCUCGACUAAGGUGAAAGACAACCGCGACGAAGAACGAACGACUCGACUCGGGACUUGUCUCGAUCGAAGCGCACCCCCAAUCUCCGCCGUCUCGCAGCUAGCCUUGCCACCGUUGGUGGCAGGGAAUGUUGGUCCACUGGGAGGGUGACGGAACUUAAGAGGCGCCGGACGCGACGCUGACUUUUGCGAAACCCGAAUCGUCUCUAAUGCCUAUAUGCGAACUUGAUAACGACAAACGGCUGUUUCUUAGCUCCACACACAGAUAAAACAUUGACAAAACUUGAUUUUUGAGUUGCACACGCGCACAUACAGUUCUCGGAUUCCAUGCACACAUGAUCCACGGGACAGACGACCUUGCUAUGUCUGCUCCGCGUAGGCUGGCCCGUGGACAUACGCAGUUCGAGAGGCUGGUAUUCUCUCACUUGAUUUGUGAUGACAAGGAUAAGAUAAUCCAUCAACUGCUAAUCUGUCUGACUGGGAGCGUUUUCUUUUACGGCCAUGUUGCAUUUCAUGGACGAGCUUUGUGUGGUCUUAUUCGUUGCUCAAGAGCGGCCUCUGUAUACGUUUUGUGCUUUUAGAUGGGUUUAGGGAGAGUGGGCAGGAGGGUAAAGCGUUGCUUGAUUUUGGUAAGGGAUAGCGAAGGUAGUGGAAGAGGAGAAGAAUAAGGUGCUGGAGCGAACAGUAAUUACUCUACGAAUUGUGAUGAAGAUCGCGUCGUAUUAUCUUUGCGUGAGCGAUGAAUGUGGUUCAUAGUACUCGUAACUCGGCAUACGCCAAGGGUGAGGAUGACUACGGAAUGGCUGUGAUGAAAUUACAAGAAUACUCAUCUCCUCAG